AUGUCUUCAGCUUUGCGCAUCCGCUCCUGGUGGGCAAUCGAGUUCCUUCAGCAUGCUACACCGAUUUCCGGCCCUCGAGGGGUCACCCGCCUCCAAUUCGGACAGAUCUCCACCCCAAUGACCAAAAGGGCAAUCAGCUACAGCAACUCCCAGAAACAGAACGAAAAGCCCACCGCCCCGUUCUCCAAGCCAUCCACAACAACAUCAACCCAGAAACCCUCCUCUCCAACGCCUACAAGCUCCGCAAGCCGUGCAUCGGCCCCAACUCCAAACCGCUCGACAACAGAAAACAUCUCCCACAGCGGCCUAGCCGACAAGCCCCUCCUGCUCGAGACCGCCCCCGAAGAAAAGAUUGAUUGGACACGCUCAUUCCACGGUCUUUCUGCUGCUCCAUUCCCUAAGGAAGCAGCUGAUAUCCUGUUGGCCGAGACCGACCCGCAAGAAGUCGAGAUCAAGCCCGAUGGUAUCCUGUAUCUCCCCGAGAUCAAGUACCGUCGGAUCCUGAACCGGGCUUUUGGGCCUGGUGGCUGGGGUCUUGUGCCCCGAAGCGAGAGUAUUGUCACGCCCAAGACUGUGACGAGAGAGUAUGCUCUCGUUUGUAACGGACGCUUGGUCUCUGUCGCCCGCGGCGAACAAGACUACUUCUCCCCCGACGGCAUCCCAACCGCAACAGAAGGUUGCCGCUCCAACGCACUCGUCCGCUGCUGCAAGGAUCUCGGGAUUGCAAGCGAACUCUGGGACCCGCGCUGGAUCCGCAAGUUCAAGGCCCAGUAUACGCGCGAAGUGUUCGUCGAGCAUGUCGUUAAUAAGAGAAAGACGAAGAUCUGGACGCGCAAGGACGAUGGCGUGAGCUAUCCGUGGAAGGAGACGGGUAGCGUGAAUAGAUAG